AGUGAACGCGCGUGAUUCCGCAGUGCGUUCUGGCGUGCCGUCGCGACUUCUUGUUUCGUCUGACAGUUGCUGCGGCUGGAAGCGCAUCGCUUCAGCUCGAUCGCGUGUCGUAUUCACCGCGUGUGCGUGGGUAGCAAGAUUUUGACGGCUGGUUCUAAGUGUGUGCGGUUUGUCUCUGCUGUAGCGGCAGCAAGGGCUAUGAGUCUGGCUGCGUGAAGGGAGAAGCGGAGAGGAAAAAGGAAGGACGAAGCCGGGGAGAGGCGAGAGGCUUCCAAGACGGCGCGACGCGCAAGGAAUGCGGCCAGCAUGGCGGUGUCGCAGGUGCUGUGGCGGCUGUCCGCCGCGCCUCUGCUGUUGGCGGCACUGACCGUCGUCCGCGCUGCAGACAUGACGCAGCUCUUCCUGCGGAGCCCUGAGGACGCCGUCGCGCCGCUGGGGGACCGCGUCUCGUUCGACUGCCGGCUGCGCUCGGGGGCGGACCGCAUCCGCUGGAAGCACGCCGGCCGCUUCGUGUCGCACGUGCCGCAGCAGGCGCAGUCGACGUCGUCGUCGUCGGCGCACCCGGCCCCCUCCGGCACCAGCGGCGGCAAGGGCCGCGUGCGGUCCAGCUACCAGGUGCACGUCACCAGCUACGACCAGGCCGGCGACUACCAGUGCGUGGCGUGGUUCGGCGCGGCGGCCCUCGUGUCGACGCCUGCACAGUUGCUGGUGGCCCGGCUGGACCCCUUCCCUGGUGGCGACGGGCCCAGCCAGCAGGUGGAGGUGCACGUGGCCGUGGGUGGAAGUCUGGUACUGCCCUGCCAGCCGCCCCCGAGUGUGCCACCACCCGCGCUGCUCUUCUACCGGGACGAACACCGCCUCCAGCCCAGGAGCGCCGCUGCUCGAGCCGGACCAGGAAGACUGCUCCUUACUUCCCUGAGCGAGUCUGACUCUGGUAACUACACGUGUGAGGCUGUGAAUGACAUCACAGGGCAGCUGGUGAGGUCACCCCGUAUCUUCUCUGUGACUGUCACGAGGGACCCACCGCGCUCAGCGCCCCGCUUCCUGGAUGACCCCAUCCCACUGCGGAGGUACCCUGUCAGGGCAGGUGAUAAUGUGACAUUACCCUGCUGGGCACUCGGACAUCCGACUCCAGUGACGAACUGGUUCCGGGAAGGUAACCACAAAUUGCACCCCACGCGCUCUGCCAUGGUUCCUGGUGGACUGAUGCUGACAGGGACCACACUGGAAGAUACAGGCCGCUACAAGUGCAUCUUGGAAAAUUCGCUAGGUUCUGUCUCGCUGGAAGCACUAGUUGAAGUUUUGGAGCCACCAGUCCUGGUGAGAGGCCCAAAGGUGGAUCGAGUGCAGCAAGGAGACAAUGUUGUUCUCGAGUGCGAGUUUCGAGGGUCUCCACAACCCAACAUCACGUGGGUCUUCAACGGAAACUCUGUGACCAAUGACAGCCACAUCACAGUUAUCAGAGGAAAUCUUGCCAUACAGAAUGCUGACCUAAAGCACGCUGGCAUAUUCCAGUGCUUUGGUCGAAAUGAACUUGGGUCAGUCUUUGGUUCUGCAAUGGUGGAAGUCGCUCCUAAUGCUGUUAGCAUAAAUCCAGAUGACAUCGGAGCAGAUGGCACUGAUAUCGGUGAUGGCAGUGCUGGUGGCAGUUCUGGUAAGAAGUCAGAGGGGCCCCACAAAGGCGCCAAGGACCGCAGAAAGAUCAACCAUGGCCAUGUACGUAUGAUUCCUCCCUCGAGACCACAUGUCACACGCCUCUCAGACACAUCGGUGAUGGUGCGCUGGAAGGUGACCCCGAAUCAUGGUCUGCCCAUCCAGUUCUUCAAAGUCCAGUACAGCCACAAGGGCCACGGGGGUUCGGGAGGUGGUGGCAAGCAUCAGAACUGGAUGACCAACAAUGGGGACAUACCACCCUACAUACACACGUAUGAGGUGGACAACCUGGAGCCCAACCAGACAUACCGGUUUCGCAUUGCUGCUGCCUACUCCAAUGAUGACAAUAAACUGAGCCCCAACCUGCGACACUUCCACCUGAAGUCGGACGUCGGCAUACACCUUCCGGCACCGACGCUCUACAGGACGUCUGCCCUGUCUCCUACGUCCAUCAAACUCUACUGGAAGCAGUCAGAGCCAGCAGAGCUGGAAGGCUUCUACAUUUACUACCGGCCGGCGAGCACGGCUGGCGACUACUUGCACGUCACGGUGGAGGACCCACAGGCAGACACGUUCGAUGUGGAGCACCUGCAGCCCGACACCACCUACGAGGUGAAGCUGCAGGGUUUCGUGAAAGAAGCUGCCUCGGCAUUUAGUGCCAUCCUCACCCAGAAGACUCUGCCUCUGCCCGUGACAGAGCCACCAGUUUCCGGAGCAGACAGCACCGUGGACGGGGCCAACAGUGCACAGGUGCUGGUAAAGACGGUGGAGGCGAGCGGGGCGGGCACCCUCUAUCUCGCCGUCGGGUGCAGCGUGGGCGUGAUCGUCCUCGUGUUGGUGGCAGCUACCGUCGUCUGGCUGCUCUACCGUCGGAAGGUCUCUGCGAGGGCUGGAGAGCGAGGGAGUGAUAGCCGGGACAAAUUCCCAGAGAUCACGGCGGUUGCCAAGGGCGGGCGCGGGGGUGGCCAGCAGAACGGCCGACCCCCGCAGCGGCUGCCGCAGACACAGCAACCGCUGGCCAACGGGAAGCUCACCAUCACCACGAACCCCCUGGCAGAGGCCGAGGAUGAGAGCCUGAUGGAGGCAGCGCGCAGCCAGAACAACAACUGCGAGGGCGUGGACCCGGCCACGGGGGCGUCGGUCCCUGCUGGCUCCACGGAGCUCGCCUGCUGGCGGCAGCAGCAACAGCAGCAGCCACAGGCGCCGAUCCCGUACUCGUCCUCGAAUCUUCCCCCAGAAAACUACGUGUGAGCACCCGAAGCUGUCGUCACAUUUGUAGCAUACAAACACACUUUUAGAUGCAAAUAGUGAGACUGCUGCAGUACCAUCAUUUCAGAAAGUGCUGUGAGAAAAAAAAGUACCUCUAAUACCUUAGUGAUGCAGUGUGGUGCAGAUCACUUGAAUGUGUCGUGUCUGUGGCUUUCCCUUGGUGCACUGUGGAUGUACACUUAUCACCAGACAUGUGGUGUAUCCGUAAGAAAUGAAGACUGUGAAUACAGUGCAUUGCUCCUUUAGUAGCUUCUAUUUUGGUAAAAUAGUUAACAGCCAUAACUCCGUCCUGAAACUAAUCUCUUCCUACUGCAGUAACAUGGCCAGUGCCGUGGGCUGGAAGGUGCUUAUGAUUUGUGAAGGACACCUUUUUCUGGUGCUACACCUAUCAGACGUCAACUUUCAGCUUAUUUACUCAAGAAGAGAGACUGAACCCAUGCCCACAGAUCCAGUUUGUGGGCAGCGUACAAAUGUCUUGUGUUCUUUACUAAACUGGAACGUGUACAAUUUAUUUCACUGUAGCUCUUUUAUCAUGAAAUGUUCUUAGCUUGUGCCUGGUAUCCCCUUGGAGCAGUAGAUAGGUACACAGUCAUAUGAGAUAGAGAUUUUGAGGGUGGACUCCCUUUCCAAAUUUCACUAUUUAAAGAUAUCACACUUUCUUACUUCAGACAGUUAUUAAAUUGAGACUUCCUCAUCCUCCCCUUUAUUAUCCAGUGGGGGUUGGGGUGGGGAGGCAGUGGAGGGAGAGUAUACAGAGGAAUCAAGCAGUUAAAUUCUAUCUCCAGUGAGGUUUUUGCAUCAACGAAUCAUGAAUCACUGAACCCAAAUAACCAAAAAGAAGUAAAGAGGAAGAGAAAAUAAAAAUGUUUGUUGAAUGCACAAUUCAAAAAUUAGAAGUAUUUGUGAGAGGGGUCAAUCUAAAAGUAGAGAAAUCUUUAUUCAAGACAAUGAAAGAGAAAUUAAUUUACAUCAUAUUUUGGUAUCUUACCUGUUUUUCUAUGUACCACUAUUCGAAUUUAAACAUUCAUUGUAGUGCUGCACAAGCUUUAUGCACACUCAGUUGCUGUUAAGUUGCUGAAUGUCUCAUUAGUAUCCUCUUUCAAUUUACUGUUAUUUCCAUAGUGCUUUUCGCAAAAAAAGAAUCCUUCAAUUUCAGGGAAACAUGGUAAUCACUUGGGGCCAAGUCUGGCCUAUAAGGAGAAUGUCCAAAAACUUCGCACUCUGCCUACAUAACUGUAGGUUAGUCAGAUGGUCCUUCGUUAAAAGUAUUCGUUCAUCCAGCAUUAAACAAGUUACACCAUUUUUGAACUGAAGUUUUAUUCAUGACAUUUCCAAGAAGUCCAGUUAUCUGUGCAUACAUUUUUAUGAGGGCAGAUUUUUUUUGCAUAUAGAAACCAUAUUACACUAUAGGCCUCACAUUUGGUGGGACAGUUACUUUUGUCACACAUUUUAGAAUCGGAGAACUAAACAGUAAACGAUUGUUCCCGCUUUUUCUUAGCGUCAUACUGUAGCCAAUGAUUAUGAAGGCCUCUGACAUUAUGGAGGGGUGGGGUGGGGUGGGGGGGAGAGUUUCACAGAGUGACUCUUGUAUUUGGGAAAUUCCAUCCCUGUGUCAUUUUCACUUGAAGUGUAACACAGUCUUGAAGGAAUCAAGAUUUGGAGAUUUUGUUCAGUCACUUAACUUAAUGGACAAAUCCCCUCUACAACCACUAGGAACCCAUAACAGAUACUGCAAAACACUCUGUAUAAGAUUAACUAAGGGAAAAGUACGUCAUCUCAGAAAAUAAAAG